AUUAACGGAAAUUGAGCAGAGUCUUCUCUUUCUCUUCCACUCAACUCUGAGUGGUCACCAAAAAAAUAAGUAGAAUCUCAAAAAUCCAAUUUCUUAAUUAGGGUUUAAAGAAUCAUCAAUCAAGAAAUAACGAGUUGGGUUUUAAUGGAGGAUUCUACAAGAACCGGGUCACAUGAUAUUACUAUGGCUUCAAGAAAAGCUGAAGAAACAGCUUGGAGGCGAUUCCAAGCUGUGCAAUGGCUUGAAAGCCUUAUUGGUCCACUUGGAUUACUGAACCAGCCUUCGGAGAGAGAAUUCAUUUCUUGUCUAAGAAAUGGUAUCAUUUUAUGCAAUGCCAUUAACAAAAUUCAUCCAGGAGCGGUGCCCAAGGUUGUGGAGAGUCAAUCAACGUUACAAUUACUCAACCGGGAAACACAACCACUGCCUGCCUAUCAGUAUUUUGAGAAUGUUCGGAACUUCUUGGUUGCUGUAGAAGAGCUAAAGCUGCCCGCAUUUGAAGCUUCUGAUCUUGAAAGGGACUCGUUGGAAGCAGGGUCAGCAGCCAAGGUUGUUGAUUGCAUUUUGGCUCUUAAAUCUUAUCACGAGUCUAAACAGCAAAGUAGCGUGGCCGUGAAUGGAUUUCAUAGACAUGUAAAAUCUCCUUUAGUUAUGCAUUCUGCCAAUAGGAUGCAUUCAAAAGCUUCAGCUGCAAUCUCAGCAGAUUCUUGUAGACGCUUGGAUAUGGCAACCACAUGUGAAAGACAGCCACCAAUCGAGGGUGACAAUAAAAAAAAUGAAGAGGCCUUGGUCGAAUCUAUUGUCAAGCUAUUUGUAGAGUCUAUGGAUGGCACAAAGGAAAACAUUGAUGAAAACUUUCUUGCUUCCUUUCAUAAUGGAGAGGAUCCUAUCAAGCUAUUCAGCAAGAUCAUGUCAGGUUAUUUGGGUGAACAACUUCAAAGGAAGUUGCCAGAGUUUCAUUCAGUGUUAAAAGAUGUAUUGAAAGAACGGAGUAUCUCCCCACUCCAUUCAACAACUGAGCCUCUAGGGGAUUUAUCAACAUUACAAAACACUAAGUGCUGCAAAGCUUGUUCGAGAAAGGGUACUUGUCAUCAUAGGGAAGUAUUUCAAAUACAAGAAAAAGAACUUACGGAUCUCAAAGCCUUGUUGUUAAGAACUAAGGUGGAGUUUGAAGAGCUACAAUUCCAGUUGCAAAGAGAUUUGAAGUUCUUGGGUACUGAAGUACAAGAGCUGUCUACAGCUGCUCGUGGAUAUCAAAAGGUGGUUAAAGAGAAUAGAACUUUAUACAACAUGGUUCAGGAUUUGAAAGGUAACAUUCGAGUUUACUGUAGAAUUAGGCCCUCCUUCAAUGCUGAAGCAACAAGUGUAAUAGAUUUUAUAGGAGAGGAUGGUUCACUAGUGCUGCUAGAUCCAUCAAAACCUGGGAAAGAUGGAAGAAGAGUUUUUAACUUCAACAGGGUAUUUGGCCCCAUUGCUAGCCAAGAUGAAAUUUACAAGGACACUCAACCGCUAAUCAGAUCUGUGAUGGACGGUUAUAAUGUAUGCAUUUUUGCAUACGGCCAAACUGGAUCUGGAAAAACAUAUACUAUGAGUGGUCCCUCAGGUGGCUCAACUACUGACGUGGGGAUCAAUUAUCUAGCGCUUAAUGAUCUCUUCAAGACCUCUAGCAGGAGAAAAGAUAUCAUAAGUUAUGAAAUCUUUGUUCAAAUGGUUGAAAUAUAUAAUGAGCAAGUUCGAGACCUGCUUGCAGAGGAUUCAUCAACCACUAAAUUAGAGAUUCGCAGCUGCACCACUGAUAAUGGCCUAAGUCUUCCAGAUGCUACAAUGCGGUCUGUUAAGUCUACUGCUGAUGUUUACAACCUCAUCAAGCAUGGUGAGGUCAACCGGUUUGUCAGCUCCACUGCAAUGAACACCCAAAGUAGCCGUUCACACAGUGUCCUCACAGUACACGUGCAUGGAAAAGAUACAUCUGGAGGUACUCUCCGCAGUUGCCUUCAUUUGGUAGACCUUGCAGGUAGUGAACGAGUCGACAAAUCAGAAGUUACAGGGGAUAGACUAAAGGAGGCACAGUGUAUCAACAAGUCCCUAUCUUGUUUGGGAGAUGUAAUUACAGCCUUGGCUCAGAAGAAUUCUCAUAUCCCUUACAGAAACAGCAAACUCACCCUGCUACUGCAAGACUCCUUAGGUGGGCACGCAAAAACAUUAAUGUUUGCCCAUGUGAGUCCAGAAGAAGAUUCUUUUAGCGAAACAGUUAGUACUUUAAAGUUUGCUCAAAGAGCCUCGGCUGUUGAACUUGGUGCUGCUCGCUCAAACAAGGAAAGCAGCGAAGUCAUUCAACUUAAACAGCAGGUUGAGAAUCUUAAGAAGGCAUUGGCAAACAAGGAAGCACAUAGUAGUGUACAGCUAAACAGAACAUGUGAGAAACCAAGACCAAUGAUGGAGAAAACACCUCCACGUCUUAGGAGAUUGAGCAUUGAGAAUAGUGUCACAUCAAAGAAUGAAAUGAGCACUGAAAGCAGGAAGGGAUUCAGAACCCCUUCCAUACCAAACCGCUUGAGAAGAACGAGCUUGGAAGGUCCAAGAUCUUUCAAAAAGGAUACUCCAGAGACAAAUGUGCCAGAUGAUAUUUUCAAUCCCAAUGCAUUGUUGACACAGAAAUAUGGUCAACCUCAAGAUGUUGAAGCUUCCAUGAAGUCAUUUGGAAACCUCAGCAAUGGAAGUCCCAUGGUAGAAGUAAGUCGUCCUAAGGAUCCUCGGAGUCCCAAGGCAGAAGUAAGUCGUCCAAAGGAUCCUCGGAGUCCAACUAGUGUUCAGAAGAGAUUGAAAACAGACAGUAGAACACAGAUUCCUUCCCUUCAACCACCAAAGACACCUGAAGCACAAACACGCUCCAAAAUUGAGUUCCAGAAUUUGUUGCAAAAUGAGCUUACCUUUUCUUUAGAUUACCAGACACCCAACUUGAUCACUAGCACAAAUGGAAAAGGAUCCCAGAUACGAAAAUCUUUGAGGACAACAAUUGGAAAGCUGAUUAAUGGCUCUGAGAAAAGGAGCCAACAGAUUCUGAUGGAAACUCAACUAAACACCAAAGUUGCAAGCAAUGUCAAUGAUGGGAAAUCUCCUGCUACAACUAAUGGAAAAACUUUGAGGAGGCAAUCACUUACCGGUGUUCUGAACUUGGGGGGGAAUCGAAGAUCUUCUCUUGGAGAAAAUACAGCUGACAAUAAUAAUGUCAAGGACAAUAGAAAUGCCAAGACACCUCCUCCUGUGCGCCAAUCAAAUAAGUUCGGUAAAAGAUGGGUUUAGAUGUUGUGAGAAUAAGAAUAAUGGAAGUGGGUGCUUCAACUUGAAGCAAACUCUCUUUGCUGAGAAUUGAGUUAGGACUUGGAACUAGGCAGGCUUACACCUCUUUGUCGCCCAUAAGAGUUCACUAACUGAUUUAACGAUAGUGCUUCUCUUUGUAAUUACAACAUUUUGGACAUGGAAUUCGUAGUAAUAAAAAUUUUGAGGCUCAUUUUUCUUGUA